CGAGGUAGCAAAAACACAUUACAAAACAGAGCCCCACAAACUCACUCUGAAAAUUAUAACAACAGGAGACAGAUAAACAGUAUUUUUCAACAUAACUACACCAACCAUUUUUUAGACCUAACACACAGGAACAGGGACACACGAUGGCAAAGGACAAACAAAGGAAACCACAGGUAAUUAAAAUAAUCAAUCUCUCGAAUAAAGAACUUACACCUAACGAAUUAAGCAUACUCUCCAAAGGACUUAAAUUUACACCAACCCCACAACGUUCUAAUUACUAUGAAAUGAAAGAUGAUAUUUUGGAAUUUUGUAGGAAACUAAGACUUACCGAGGAAUUUCAUGGCAAACAAAUAGAUGAUGAAUCAAUAGCUAGAAACAACAGCAAUUACACCCCUACCAAGGGAAAGAAUAAAGUCUUAGACCGCUAUUGUGACUACAUAACUAAUUUCCCUUUUCAAUUCACCAAGAAACAAAAACACAGCCAAAACUUUAACAAAAGAGAAUGGAACGACCUCAUCAAACUAAGAGAAGACAAAACAAUAACAAUUAAGGAGGCAGAUAAGGGCAACGCGGUAGUAUUAAUGAAUACAAACGAUUAUAAAAAUUUAGUGCUAUCCCUAUUAAGAGAUGAAACAGAUUAUGAAAGGGUCCAACAGUAUAAUCAGCCAAAAAUAAUGUAUAACCUCAGGACAUUAAUCAACACAUACCGAGAAGGACUCAUGGACAAGGAGUACGAAUACAUCACUAACUUUAAGUGCAAAUCAAGUUUGUUCUACGAUAUCCCUAAAGUCCACAAAAGCCAAAUAAUUAGUGAAACAUGCAAAACAUCUACCGAUAUACUCAUCAAAAUCCCUUCACCAAAUGAUCUUAAACUUAGACCGAUAAUAGCAGGCCCAGCAUGUGAAACUCACUGCCUCAGCAAUUUCUUAGACACACUUCUUAAACCUUUCCUAAAGCACAUCAAAAACUACGUAAGAGACGAUAUAGACAUGCUUAACCACCUCCCAAAAACAGUCAAUGAGAAAACCCUUCUAGUAUCCUUCGACGUAAUUAACCUUUAUUCAAACAUCCCUCACACCCUAGGAAUAGAAGCGAUCACUUUCUGGCUAAAUAACUACUCCUUUGAACUCCCAACUCGCAUAAAGAAAGAACUUAUAAUAGAAGGACUUAGAUUUAUUUUUGAAAACAAUUACUUUAUUUUUGACAAUAAUUUCUACAGACAAAGAUCGGGAACAGCGAUGGGCACGCGUACUGCGCCUUCUUUUGCCAACUUAUUUGGUUUUGAUUGGUUUGGAAUUAUGUGA